AUGGUGGCUGAUAUUCUUCUGCAAGUAGGUCUAAUCCUCUUAAUGGUAUAUUUGUUCCUCGCUAUGCACGGUAUUCCAAACAAGGUCCUAUCCAAGCUGCGCUUCCGGAACCGAGCCGAAAUCCAAGCCAAGCGCUCCUUCGUCGUCGGCGCGCAGCUCCUGGCGCGCGCCAGAUCCUCCAAGACUCGCUCCACUGCGACCUCUCUCGCCAAAGAGGCGGAAGCCGAAGCUGACAAGGCCAUCGCGCUCGACCCCAAGGACGCCGCGGCUCACAUUCUGAAGUCUCUGGCGCUCGACCUGCAGGGCUUCAAGCCCUCCGCGCUCGACUCGCUCGACGUGGCCCUGUCCCCUCUGUGCGCCAAGUCGCUGAGCGAUCCGGAGCGAGGGGACUCGCUCUUCAAGCGGGCCGAGCUGAAGGUCGCUAUGGCGCGGCGCGGCCAGGUCGAUUCGGCCGUGGCGGACUUGACCUUGGCGUUGACUCUCAGUCCGGACAAUGCCAAGGCGUUCUGUCUGUUAGGCGAGUGCUACGAGGCGAAGAAAAUGGGAGAGGAGGCCAAGAAGGCUUACGAGGACGCCCUAAGGGUCGACCCCAAAUUGACCGCCGCUCGUGAGGCGCUGGACCGGCUUGGUUCAUAG